AUGGCGCCACUUUGGCUGCUCCUUCAUGCGGCUGUUAUCAGCGGGCAACAAACCUACAAUGAAAUGUCCACUAUUGAUCUAUUCGGGAAUAAAAACCCAAUUUUCAAUUAUAUGCCAAAUCCUGGACAUAUUGAUCCAUCACUUUUGGAUCAACGUGAGAAGUACAUGGAUCUAAGAGAAGAAGAAGGAUGGUGGCAUCUUUUCCCCUAUGGACCGCUGUAUAACGAUGCAAAUCUUCUAAACAAACCACACCAUGACCGUCAAAUCGAUUUCGAUUUUGACUUUCCAUUUUAUGGAUUUCGUUUCAACUACACUAUGAUAUAUCCAAAUGGUUUGUUGGCGUUCUCUGAUCCAGAAUUCAUCCAACCACCGUACACCUUUCCAAAUCCACGAUGGCCUGAACAGAAGGAUGCAUCCUUCAUUGCUGCCUUCUACGCAGACCAAAUCUUCCAGUUUGUUGGUGAACGAGGGAUCUCGAACGUUUGGUACAGAAUAAUUUUUCGCCCUCGAGCAUUCGAAACAUUCGAUGAAUGGGGCAGUCCGCUCAUGAACGACAACAGUCAAUACAAUAGUAUGUUCGAAACAGCCAGAGAUCGCUACGAAAAGAAGACGUGGGGUCGAGUCGAAGACACCUAUCUUCUGGAUAACAUCACAAUGGCAAUUCGUGAAGGAAUUAUUGGAGCGAAUGGUUUUCGUGCUGACUACGCGGUUAUAGUGACAUGGGAGCGGAUGGCGUACGGUGGUGCGCCGAAGGUCACACAGGUAAACAGGUACGAAGAGGCGAAACGCUGGACCAACACUUAUCAAGUUGUACUGGCGACUGAUGAAAUUCGAAGCUAUGUUAUGUUCAACUACGCCCAUAUCAACUGGACAUCAUCGAACACGGCUGGAGCGCUUCAAGGAAGAGGUGGUCUGCAAAGUGCUAUUGCCGGAUUUAAUGGCGGAAACGGCACCGGGUGGACAUCAUUGCCGUAUUCUGGUGAAGGACGUGUAAUUAAGCUGAAAGAGUUCUCCAAUGUUGGAGUACCAGGAAGAUGGCUGUUCCGCGUCGAUGAGGAAAUCAUUCGUGGCGGUUGUAGCAACGAAAGUAUCGGUUACUUGACCACAGCUCCUAUAGCGGCCACAAUGAUCGGUGGAGUGUAUGUGAACGUUUCUGGUCCCUGUCUUCGUGGAGGGGAUGUUGUCAAAGUGAUAUUCGAUGAAUAUCAAGUGGACUGUAUAAGGCUAAAUAUGCACCGUGCGCAAUGUGUUUUGCCGGUGAAUCGUAUGUACAAGACAGGACUCGUGAACGUAAAGAUGAGUAGAGAUGGUGGUCAGAGUUAUCCUUACGUCGGCACAUUCUAUUUGUUACAACCGUCACUAGCAUCUCCGGCGGUCAAACUAAUCGACAACCCUCGAGAACCGCACAACAACUGGCGAAGUGCUAAUGCCACACGUCUUCGACUUGAAUGGGCACCGUAUAACUUGACCAAUGAUAUUAACGCUAUGGUUGAUAUAAAACUGAUGGGCUACUGGGAGGAUACAGAUGACCAUAUUUUUGAAGAGAUAGGGACCAUCGCAGAACGCACAUCGAACGAUGGAUCGUAUGAGUUCGACCCUCGAACACUUGCUAGAACCACAAUGCUGUUCGAUUCGUGGAGACGGUAUUCGUUUGGAGGUGUGAGAAUCUCAAUCUCGGACACUGACGAAACUACAGGUGUGUUCUGGAGCAAGCUGACCCCAUUCGGGUGGUACUUUCGAGAAGUGUGGGAGUACGAAUAUGGAAGGGAUUGGGCAUUGGAGCUUUGCCAGGAUUGGUUUGACUAUGAUGGUAAGCGGGUGAAUUUUGCUAUGGAUCUAGAACCAUUCCUUCCAUGCCCGUGCACUCUUGAUCAAGCUUUGCUAGACAUUGGUCGAUACAUGCCAUUAUUUGGAUGUGAUCGUGACGGUGAUGCCUCAUGUGAGUACAACAAAGGAUCACAACAUUGUGUGAUGAGCGUUGCAGCAACAUGGACCGGAGCUGGACAGGUGUGUUGCUAUGACUUUGAGGGCUGGUUGAUGCAUUCAGAUGACUAUGAAAACGCUGCACAUCUGAGAUUCUUCAGCCCAGGAACAUCCAUGAGAGCACAUCCUAUGGGUUCGUUUCCGUUCAAACGACCACCAUACGUUCCAUCGUUGUCGAAUUUCCACACAGACAUUAUGGCCUACGAAAAGUGCUGUAAAUGGGCCGGAGCAUGCGAAUUUUAUUUUUGGCGCAGACAGACCAGCGGUUGUCAAGAGUAUAUACCACCUGUGGCAGGAAUUGCAUAUGGUGAUCCACAUUUCGUGACCUAUGAUGGAACGCGAUACACCUUCCAAGGAAAGGGCUACUAUAUUCUCACCAUGAGCAAGGAUCCUCGUCACGAUUUCCACGUUCAAAUUCGCAUGGAGCAGCCACCUAAAACUGACUGGAACCAAGAGGUACAUGCGUCGGUCAUCACUGGAGUUGCUGCUCGAGAGAAUCAGUCAGAUAUUGUCCAAGUGUUUGCUCGAAAGGAGUUCAGGAGAUGGCGUUAUCGAAUGGAUGUGGUUGUAAACGGGCAUUAUCGAUUUUUCGACACACCAGAAUUGAAAAUGCAGAGAUUCAAAGGUGUUACAAUCCGAUCACCUGAAAGAAACCACAAUCAGUCUGAAAUCCACGUAAUGUUUGAUUCCGGGGCCGGGAUCCGAGUGGCCGAAGCACAUGGUGUGCUAUCAGUGAUGGCUCUGUUGCCACCUGACUUCAACGAAACAUUUGCGUAUUAUCGCGGCGCACAUUACUUUGGAAACGAGUAUGACGAGAACGGACAUCGGUCAACUGUGCAGGAAGAGUUCAUCAAUAGAGUUAGCCAGCCAUCCACUUUGCAGUUUGUUGGAGGUGGACAACGGUAUGUUACUGUGGGUUUGUUGGGAACGUUCAACGAGAAUCAUCUUGAUGAUCUAAUGUCGCCGGAUGGUCACAUCACGAUUGUUAGCCAUCCACCAACGGAACAGGAUAACAUUAAUGCAUAUAAGUUCGGAUCUCGAUGGAGAGUCGACGGAUCACGCCACAAGCUGCUUUUUCAGGAUGACAUCAAACCGAUAUAUAAUCCGUUACAAUUUGGUGAUGAAAGAAGAUAUAAUCCUGCCCAUGAUCCUUAUCGUUUCCAGUAUAAUGCAAGUUUGGUGUUCACGUUAGAUGAAGUUCGGGUAGCCUGUCAGAGCGUCUAUGAAUGCGAAUAUGAUUAUUUCCUCACAGGACGACGUGAAAUUGCAAUGAAUACGUUAGAGGUGCAAAGUAAACUUAUUGAACUGAAACACAAAGGCACACAUCGAAUACAAUCCUGUGGUGCACUUCUGGUAGCGCCUGGAGCUGUAAAAUAUCCACCAGGGAAUAAUUACCUAGAUGGAGUCACCGUAACCUUCACCUGUAAACCGGAAUACUUCAUUCAUGGAACUGCACAACGAACAUGUGUUAAUGGCUCGUGGACACCUGGUUGGCAUGUAUGGUGUAGAUAUCGUUCCGUAGAAAUCGGAUUGAAAUGGAUGACUGGUAUACUGUCAUCAGUAGCAAUACUACUAUUCAUUGCUUCCAUAUUCUUUGGUUGCUACCUUCGCCGUAUAGCGCUACAUCCAGAAACUGGUAUGACAUUCCGGAAACCAGGACAAAGCUCAAUAACAUCGACAUCAUCUUCGGGAUAUUACGGAAAGGAAGUGCCAAGAUCACCAUCUACUGCAUCCUUGCAGGCGAAGACGACGAAUAGGACACAAAUUGGCAAGAAUUCGAUUCUUCGACCGGCCAGGUCGCCUUUCAGAGCGUAUGAGACUACCACGUAA